AUGGAGAGCUACAACCUAGUCAGCAACUACAAUGACAUUACCAUCACAAAUGAGAUUUCAAUAACUAUAGCAAUACUGUAUUUAGAUAUACUGCUAUACAUGAUCGCGAGUAUGCUUCUAUACACACUUCAGAAGCGGAUCCCUCUUAGCAAUCCGACCGACACUGGCAUUCUCUAUCUAUCUUUUGCCGCUUUUAUGAGCAAUGGGUUUGUUGCAAAGCUAAUCUACGGAAUUCUGAUGACUGAGGGUCUGCUACAAAGAAACCUUAUGCAGGUCAUUAUCUGUACUCUAACCCAAUUCGUUAUUAUGGGCAUUCGCCUCUGGAUAACCUUACAACUAGAUGAAGGAUCAAAUGUUGGUUAUAUUAUUAUGUCCGUUACUAUUGCUGGCAUUGCAGCAGAUGCGCUUAUUAUGCUUUAUAUAGCUGCCAAACAACGAAAGGAGUUUAGCUGGUUCCAUUACAAGAUAUUUGGGGCCAACAUCGGACAAAAUAAGAUGUUCUCGAUCCGUAAACUGUUAGAUCUGGCCUUUAAAACAGGGUUCCAGUUAUUCAUUUCUAUCUGGUUUGUGUCCUUUUUGAUUAUGGACAUAGGAGCCUCUCUAAUCAUUGAAACUACCCUCUAUAUUAUACUAAUAACAAUUUAUCAAGUUGAUUGCUACGAAAUCGUUUUGAUCAGAAUCAUUAAUAUUAUGCUCAACUUACUUAUGGCGGCUUACCUACUAAUUCAGACCAUCUUCUUUAACCAUUUCGUUCGACCUAUGCCUACAGAGGAAACUAGCAUGGCGAGCCAUCCUUAUCUAGUUAUCACAAUUCUAUUACGACUUGCUGUGCAUUUGAUAUACGUCAUCCUUCUUAUCACCGAUAUCUUUUCUUUCAACAAAGGCAUCCUUGUUUAUCUGGCCCGGAAACAAAAGAGGAGAAAUGCCAUCAGCAGCGAUGAGGAAGGUGUUAAGGAAUGUUCUGAUUCUAACCAAAUCCAAACGCACACUAGACCUCAACAAUCACUAUUGUACGCGCUGUUUAGUAGAGCCAGCCAUAGACAAAAUCAGGACCAGAAAGAAUAG